AGGGGCACUUUAGUCUUUCAAUCAAGGGUAGUUUGGGUAUAAAGAAACAGCUGUUCCUUCCGCUUGAAAAUCCUUACAAAUGGCUUCUCUUGCAAAAAUCCAACAUGCAGUUACAACUUUUUUGAGUACACAGAAAUCGAAAUGAAGUGAAAAAGAGGAUAUAAUAUAUUUCAGUUGUUUUAUUCAGGAGUUGUAGUAGUAGUUAUUCUUUGUUACAGAGCUUGACGUCCAUCAAUGGCAAACUUUUGCACUCAAGCCAAUGCUUUGUUCCGCAAGAACCUUACUUACCAUAAACGGCAUGCAAGAUCACACUUGAAGGUCAUUUUGUUCCCAGCUAUCCUCUUUGUGUUACUUGGUGGUAUGCAAACCUACUUCAACAAGCAGGAAAGAGAGCAUUUUGAGGCCGAUAAUCCGAAUGGAUAUCCUCCCUUGUUGCAAAUCCCUUCUCCCAAAUUCCGUGCUGUCGCCACAGAUUCUAUCCAAUUUCCAGGCUUGCCUGAUGCGUCAUGCAGGGAAACUGAUUCAUGUCCAGUAACCAUACUUAUCACAGGGAGCAAUAGAAGUUUUGCAGAAAGUGUGGCUGGAAAGAUGUUCACAGAUACUCCUGAUCCAAAUUCAACUUCUGAUGUAGAUACUAUUGCAAAUGGCAUUUUUGGAAGAAAUGAUGGCCUGUCUAGUCCUCUCGUUCAUGUUCGAUCUCGAUGCUCCAAAAACUCUUCAUCAGAAGUAGCGGAAUCCGAUGUGAUAUGCGUCGAAGGUUUAAAUUUGUGGCGUAAUAGCUCUUUGGAGAUUAACACUGAGCUAUUCAAAGGAUUCAGAGAAGGAAAUACAGAUGGAAAAAUUAAUGCAUUUUUGGCAGCUUACGAUUUCUUGGAUACAAGUGGAGAGCAGUUCAAGGUCAUCAUACAAUACAAUUCUACUAAUGUGCAAGAUCAUAAUCCUCUAUUGUUAAAAAUAUCACGUUCUGAGAAUAUGGCAUCAAAUGGCUAUAUCCGAUUUUUACGUGGUCCUGCCAUAAAGAUGAAUCUUGAGUAUGUAGCUGAGAUGCCAACCCCUGCUGGCUUCCAAAGGCCACCCGAUGCACUUUCAUUUAUAAAUAUUGUCUUUUUCACAUGGGUCAUUCUACAAAUAUUCCCGGUUAUAUUAUCAUCUCUUGUUUACGAGAGGCAACAGAAGUUACGGAUCAUGAUGAAGAUGCACGGACUUGGAGAUGGCCCUUAUUGGGUGAUUUCUUACAUAUAUUUUCUUGCUAUAUCUUUAAUCUACAUGUCCUGUUACUUUGUAUUUGGAGUACUGACAGGGUUAACAAUAUUCAACCUGAAUUCUUAUGGUGUCCAGUGCAUCUUUUACUUUGUCUUCACAAACUUGCAAAUAUCUUUCGCCUUCCUGUUAGCUGCCUUAUUCUCUAAUUUAAAGACAGCAUCAGUUGUUGCUUAUACAAUUGUCUUCGGUACGGGGAUCAUGGCUUUUCUUCUUUUCCAGCCACUCGUAAAUGAUGCAUCAUUUCCUCGUGGUUGGCUUAUUGUUUUGGAAUUGUACCCUGGUUUUUCUCUAUAUCGAGGGUUAUAUGAGCUGUCCAAAUUUGCCCAAGGGGCAUUUAAAAUAGGGACUUAUGGAAUGUAUUGGGAGUACCUUAUUAGCAACGGUAAUGGCGUGAGAGAGGUUCUAAUUAUUAUGUCAGUGGAGUGGGUAGUAUUUCUGAUUUCCGCCUACUACUUGGAUCAAGUUAUAUCAUCUGGAACUGGGAAUCGCAGGAGUCCUUUAUUCUUCUUGCCGUGUUCUCAGAAGAAGCAUUUAGCAUCAUUUCAGAAACCAUCUUUUCAGAGCCAGGAAUCUAGUGUUCAAAUGGAAGACAAUGAUGUUCUCCGAGAGAGGGAGAAGGUCGAGCAGUUGUUGAAUCAGCCACAUCCCAACUAUUCUGCCAUAUGCUAUAACCUCAAAAAGAUGUAUCCAGGGAAGGAUGGGAACCCUAAUAAAGUUGCUGUCAAAGGAUUAUCUCUAGCAUUACCACGCGGAGAGUGCUUUGGAAUGCUUGGUCCAAAUGGUGCCGGCAAAACUACCUUCGUUAGUAUGAUGACUGGGCUCUUGGAGCCAAGCUCUGGAGCAGCGUAUAUUGAAGGUUUAGAUUUGAGGACUCAAAUGAAUGAAAUAUAUGGCAGUAUGGGUGUGUGUCCACAACAUGACUUGCUUUGGGAGACCCUAACAGGAAGGGAACACUUAUUAUUUUAUGGAAGAUUAAAAAAUCUCAAGGGUUCUGCGUUAAGCCGAGCAGUGGAGGAAUCUCUCAAAAGUUUCAAUCUUUUCCAAGGUGGAGUUGGUGACAAAGCAGCAGGAAAAUAUAGUGGAGGUAUGAAGAGAAGACUCAGUGUGGCCAUCUCAUUGAUCGGGGACCCUAAAGUUGUUUAUAUGGAUGAGCCCAGCACAGGACUUGAUCCUGCUUCAAGGAAAAUGCUGUGGGAUGUUGUGAAGCGUGCAAAACAAGAUCGAGCAAUCAUUCUUACCACACACUCCAUGGACGAGGCGGAAUAUCUUUGUGAUAGGAUAGGUAUCUUUGUUGAUGGAAACUUCCAGUGCUUGGGAACUAUAGAUGAGCUAAAGGCUAGAUACGGAGGAUCGUACAUGUUCACCGUGACAACCUCACCAGAGCAUGAAAGAGAUGUGGAGGUCUUAGUGAAACAUCUAUCUCCACAUGCUAAGAAGACUUACCAUUUGUAUGGAACCCAGAAAUUUGAGCUGCCAAAAGACGAGGCUAAAAUUUCUGAUGUAUUUCUAACAGUUAAACUUGCAAAGCAGAAGUUUACAGUCCAAUCUUGGGGUUUGGCUGACACAUCUUUGGAGGAUGUCUUCAUUAAGGUGGCAACUGAGGCACAAUGAUUUUCUACUUAUGUUGCUUUGUCAUACUAUAGGUCAUACUACCCUUCAUUUUGCUCAUGUUACAUGUAAUUUUCAAGUAUUCCUUUCAAGUCAUCAAUCUCAGUUUAAUGUAUUAAGAUUAA